CCCCCUUUGCCUGACGACAUAUCCCGAUAAUGGCUACAGUUCGAUCCCUUGGCCUGCAUGAGCCCUCGGCCAUCGCAUUCCUUGUCGCAGAAGGGCUCCUGCCCGUGGAUCCCUCGGAUGAUCUCUACUCAUGGACAACGAGUGUUGACCGAGACUCGAACGGCUCCGUCGAAGAUGAGAUUGUUUGGACUAGGAGCUGCGCGGUUUGGUCUCGAGCCGGGGUCGUCAAGAGAGUGUUCCGGUUAGAUCUAGAAAAAGAGGAGAUCAGACACGUCUUACUGACGAGCUUUGCGGUGGGAAAGAUCAAGCGAUCCGACUCGAGUGUUUCGAAAUCUACAUCGGGCGAGAAGGCGCAAACAGGCACCGAUUCAGGUCGCAGUCGGGGCUCGCACGAUCAGCUCAGUGGAGGACUGGGCCAGGAUGGCGGAGAAGGCCACGGUGCCAGCGGUUCAGAAUCAAACGAUGCUCGAGCAUUGGUGGUGGUUCUCAAAUCCCAGGCUCAUAUCUUCUUCCUUGCCGGUAACAGCCAUGUCGUUCCCCUACCGUUCGAGGUUGAUUCCGUGUUCGCAACACCCAGGGGACUUCUGAUUCAGAGGAAACUGCAUGAAGGGGAAGCCAACCCGCCGGUGCCAAAGGCCCCUCCGCCUUCUUUUGCGUCAUCGCUGCCAUCCGCGCCACCCGUGCCACCCGAGCCUUCUGGCAAAUCGAAGCGCCCAUCCUUGAUGAUUUCCCCGGCUCCAAAGCCUAAGUCACGGCCAGGCAAGCAUGCCGACAUGCCGAGAGUCUUCUCUCUUAUGGACCCCCACUCCGAAAUGGGUCUGGUUGUGACCAACCAGUCCUCUCGUUGGCUACAGACCAGUGUCACGACCAGACCUUCUGGGCUGGACGUGCUUGAUCCCGCCGAUGCGAUUGUUUACGUGUCUCCAAAGGAUGAGCUUUCUAGCUGUGGCCGAGGUCUAGCCAUUGGUCCCUUGAUCCUCGUGGUGACUGUGAAUAUCAACACCGGCUUGUACACUAUCUGGACGGCUCGCUACCGACAAGACGAAGCCGCACCCUCGUCGAAAAAGAAGGAAAGAAGAGACACGGGGGGUACUCGUUCGAAGCGACGUAGUUCCCACUUUGGAAUGACGACAGGGACGACGACUCCCGCUGGUCGCCCGUCCGGCACUAGAGAGAGCUUCGGUCCUAGAAGUGAUGGGUGGAACACGUCCGGGCGAUCUCUUUCACAGUAUUCAGUUGAAGGCAAGGCAGACGAGGAUGAUCUGGCUUCCAAGCUAGGUCAGGAUUUCGGGGACAUCGGAGUGCCGCUAAAGACAUCAAGACGAGUGAGCUCUCUACUUGCGCGCGCAGAUCUGGCAACCAGCCAGGAUAGGAUUGCGUUUUCCGAUCUAGCUACAGGCAGUCAAUCGAAUCCCAUGCCUCACGGUGGCCUACGGCAAUCUCUAGGAGCAGGUAGCACCCGGGGUAGCUUUGGCUUCAACCCAAGAGGUUCGCUGCCACCGGGAAACGGCUCAGUAUACAGCACAACCAGUAGCUUUGUUGACGCACCGGUUGAUCGACUCCUUGAGGAACUGAAUAAUGAAAGUCUGUUUGAAGGAUUUGAGAAUAUGGAUCUAAAUCAUGCGGCGUUUGGCCUGCCCGAGGAGGUGCUUUUUUCCAAGGUCGACAGUUUUUCUUCGAAGUUUUCGGUUACCUUCCAGACUCCGGCCACGUCGAAACAAUCACAACGGAGACUGAAAAUCAUGACACUGGUCCCGUCAGAGUACGGAAGUACGCAAACUGGGAACUCUGUGGCGUUGGCGCUUUACCUGGUGGAUCAGGACGCGAGAUCGAUGACGGUCGUUAACCUACGGGUCGACAAGGUUUCAAUCCCCAAGAAGGAUGUGGUGUUCUCCAAGAAGCCCAAGAAAAGCGCUCUAUCCGAAGAACGCUCCAUACUUGUCCAGGCCUCUGGGAUCCAGCAUUCAUCAGAUAUAUGGGAUGCCUGUAAGAUUGUUGACGGAGGGAUCUCAAGAAUCUUGACCCUGAAGAAGACGGAUGAUGACCAGCAGAUAAUACAAUUGCAAACGCCGUGGAGCAAGCCAACUACCAUCGAGGUCCCCCGGAAACUUAUGCUGCAUGAAGCAUACGGUGUCUAUCCCAAUACUUCCGGCAACCAUCGAAGAGAAAGCGGCGUGAAGCGACUAAUGACCGACUCAUCCAUCACGGUGACUGGAUUCGACCACCCCGGAGCCAGAGGGAAGUUUGACGUGAUUGAUUCUGCGAAUCAGAAAGUGAAGCUGCAGGUUCAAAUGGAACCUAGCAAUGAACUGGUGAAGCGUGUGCUUAAUGUCUGUCGGUUUGCAAUCUCUGACGAGAAAGCCGGGGACGGUAUUCUGGCUGCGUGGUGGGAGACCAUGAAAUGGCUCCAUGAUAGAGAAACGAAUGAAAAUGACCUCGAAUGGACGGCCAUGGUAGUAGUUUUGUUCUCGAUGGCGAUCCAGUUUAUCGACAGUGAGCAACCGCGAACACCAGCCAAGCCGUCGCGCCGGAAGAGGGGGUUAUUGAGGUCAAGUAGUGGAAGCUACGUCGACCUGGAGAGCUGGGAGACAAUGCUGGAGCAGGAAUCCGGCUCUGGGGGCGUGGUGGCCCCGUGGAUGGCCAGCAGCUCCUGGGCGUGGGUGGUUGAGCAAGAUGCCGAAGAUGGUGAAGUCAGCCACAGCCAUCAAUCACCUUUGAGCCGGUCAACUUGCCGAACCAACACAUACCUCAUUCGUUGCAUCGCUCUGUCGAGGGAGUUUCUGAGCACUUCUCGGGGCACCUCCACUGUAGGCUCAGGCGGCUAUUUGCCCACGGCACUGAACUUCAGCCAAAACAUCCGAAGCACUGCACUAUGCACCAUACUAGUUGCGCUGCAUCUUCUCCGCGAGGAGCAGAAGCUAUCAGUUUGCGAUAGUGAGCAAUCAGGCAAGCCUUUGGGUCUCCUGGCUCCAGUCCUGGCUCAGAUUGGCGGAUGGGUAGGGUGGCAGUCCUGGACAUGGGCCGAAGACGCUUAUUUUGGCAUGGAGAUGGCUAGUAUGGACCGUUGGCAUUUCGAAGAGACUCGCAUCUCAAUGCUCGACGUCCCCGGUGAGCCAUUCGCACCUCCAUCCAUCUUUGCUCACUUGGAAGAUGCAUGGCGCCAGACUUCGCUGCCGUUUUUCACUCUUCUGAACCUGGUAACCAGCCCGGACAGGCCGCCGAAGAAAGGAAGGCUAUGGAAAGAGUGCUUCACGCUCACUCCCAGGACACUCGCAUUGGAUGGAUACCUUGCGGAAGUGCAUAGCCUCACGACGCCGCUUGAUCGGAUCAAGCUUCUCUAUCGUUGGGGAUUCACCAGAAGUACUAUCGAGAGCUUCCCGGAAGGUGUCAGUGCUCCCUUAUACGAAGCGAUAAUGCAGUCACAAAUGCAUGCCUCUACAUCCUGGGGCUCCACGCUCCUUGAGCUCAUCGAUCGCGAAGAUUUGAGCAUCUCUGUGAGCAAGAAUAAGCCGUGGCUUCCGUCAGCUACGUCACCGUUGCAGCUGGCUGUAUCGCAUGAUGCGGUGCGUGAUGUCCACCAUAUCGGAACCUCCACGUUAGACAUUGAUGCAACCAAUUCGUUUGAAGCUUCCGCGGAGGCCGACAGGUUUUCAGUGACGAGACUGAUAUUCCGUGAGGAUAAGCGUUUUAUCGACGCUGCUCGAUUGCUGAACCAAUCUAAAGCUCCUGUAGCCGAGUGCGUUCCCGAGCCUGACUGGACCGACUCGGACCUGCUGGAGGCCCAGAAAGAAGUGGUGCAGCUGGUGACCCUGAGGACGCUCUCUAUUCCUACAGGUCGCGCAAUGUUGAGCUUCAGUGGACGACUACCAUUGCUGACCGAGAAACUGCCAAUCCCUUCGUUUUCCUUGCAAUGUGUCAUGAAACCGUCGAACGUGACUAUCAGCGCGGACCGGGCCUCCUUUAGCGAGGAGAAAGUGUGUUGGGCGUUUUUCCACAAUGGCGUGUCUACCGGUCUGGCUAUAUCGAAGAAUUCCAAAGGCAUUGAUACGUCGUGGAUUCUGUUCAACAAGCCCCAGGAGCUUACCAACAGGCAUGCUGGCUUUUUGUUGGCCUUGGGGUUGAAUGGGCAUCUGAAAUCCUUGGCCAAAUGGGUGGCGUUCAAAUAUCUGACGCCCAAACAUACCAUGACAUCUAUCGGGCUGUUGCUCGGAUUGUCGGCCUCGUAUCUGGGCACGAUGGACACAUUGAUCACCCGGCUUCUGUCGGUCCAUGUCACCAGGAUGCUUCCUGUCGGGGCUGCCGAACUAAACCUGUCGCCGUUGACGCAAACGGCGGGCAUCAUGGGCAUCGGACUCCUCUACUGUGGAUCCCAGCAUCGGAGAAUGAGUGAAGUGAUGCUGUCAGAAAUCGAAAAUGUGGAGCAGGAGGAGGGAUCGCACGAGGACCUGCGCGACGAAGGAUACCGCCUGGCUGCCGGGCUCGCGCUGGGCUUUAUCAACCUGGCCAAAGGAAAAGAUCUGCGAGGAAUGCGCGACAUGCACAUCGUCGAGAGGCUGUUGGCCGUGGCAGUCGGCACCAAGAACGUUGAUCUCGCGCAUGUCCUGGACCGGGCCACGGCGGGGGCGACAAUUGCCCUAACCAUCAUCUUCAUGAAGACUAACGAUGAGAUCCUGGCCCAGAAGAUCGAUAUCCCGGACACCACGGUGCGCUUCGACUACGUUCGACCGGACCUGUUCCUGCUGCGCACCCUUGCCAGACAUGUCAUCAUGUGGGACAAUAUCCGCCCUACUGAUGAAUGGUUCGUGCAGAGCUUGCCCAAAGUCUACCGCCGUCGGUAUCGGUUGACUGGAGUCCGUCGACUGAAGAGUGAUGACAUGCCAUUUUUCAACAUCAUCGCCGGUCUUUGCUUCACGCUUGGUCUUCGCUACGCCGGUUCUGCGCAGACAUCCGUGCGUGAUCUGUUGCUCGCCUAUCUGGAUCAAUUCAUCCGCAUCUGUAGGCUCCCCGCCGUCAACUACGAUGCGAAGUUGGCCCGGAACUCGGUGCGACACUGCCAGGAUGUCGUGGCCCUCUCCGCCGCCGCCGUAAUGGCAGGCACAGGAGAUCUGGCGCUCUUCCGCCGCGUACGAUCUCUUCAUGGCCGCGUGGAUGCCGAUACCCCGUACGGCAGCCAUAUGGCCGCGCACAUGGCCAUGGGUCUGCUGUUUCUGGGUGGUGGAAGCUACACGCUCGGCACAUCAGACCUGGCCAUUGCCUCCCUGAUCUGCUCCUUGUAUCCGAUCUUCCCUACAACCGUCCUCGACAACAAGUGCCACCUGCAAGCCUUCCGACAUCUCUGGGUCUUAGCCGCGGAGCCCCGUUGUCUGGUGCCCCGAGACAUCGAUUCCCGUCGUCCCAUCUCCAUCCCCAUCACCUUGACCAACCAAGAUGGUAUCAGCCGCAAGAUCAGCGCGCCCUGUCUGCUCCCCGACCUCAGCGGCAUCGCCAGGGUGGAAAUCCGCAAUGCAGACUAUUGGCCACUGGUCCUUGACUUCGCCAACAACCCCGAGCUGCGUCAGAAGUUCCGCCAGGGCGACCAAUCCGUGUACCUCCGCCGGAAAGCCACAUACAACCCAACCGGCUCAUCCGUCUUCGUCUCAACACUCUCCGGCUUGAGCGAAGCACAAGACAUCCUCCCCUCCUCCACCUCCGUCUCGAACCACGGCAAGGGCCUUCCAUCCGCGGCAAUGCCCAAUCUCGCCACUCUCCUCACCGCCGGCGUGAACCGCUCCCCAACAUCCCCCUCCCAAAGCAUGUGGGAAUGGAUCUUCAAUCUACCCUCCCUACAAGGCCUAGAUGUCCGUGAAAAAGCCCUCGUCCUCCCCUCAUCCUUCCCCACUCGCAGCCGCAAUCCCCACCCCACCGCUCUCUCCUACGCCCCCUGGCUCCGCCAAUCCGCCGUGGACAGUAAACUCGUCAUCGAGGGCAUCGUCAAGAACACCAUCCAAGCGGCGCGUGGCCGUGCCGCCGAUCCCGACGAAGUCCGCGACCGCAUCUGGCAACUCCGUCUGCUCUUCAACUGGAUCGAUACCCCCGCUGAGGACCUACCGUCUGAUGGGCUCUGGCUGCGGCGGGAUUAUAUUGAGGAAAUGCGGUGGAAGAUCUGGGGAGUGCAGAUCGGGGAUUAUGAUUGA